CGCCAUUUUGUGAGUCUAUAACACGGAGCCGUUGAGUCGGUUCCUGCUAUUCUGGUGCCUCCACUCCGUUCCCUGCGGGUCUCUUCUGUGUGCAAUGGACGGCAUUGUCCCAGAUAUAACAGUUGGUACAAAGCGGGGAUCUGACGAGCUUUUCUCUACUUGUGUUACUAACGGACCCUUUAUCAUGAGCAGCAACUCUGCUUCUGCAGCAAAUGGAAAUGACAGCAAGAAAUUCAAAGGUGACAAUAGAAGCCCCGGGGUUCUUUCAAGAGUAAUCCAUGUACGGAAGCUGCCCAGUGACGUAACAGAGGCUGAGGUUAUUUCCCUGGGAUUGCCUUUUGGCAAAGUCACCAACCUUCUAAUGCUGAAAGGCAAAAAUCAGGCCUUCAUUGAAAUGAAUACGGAGGAAGCAGCAAACACUAUGGUAAGCUACUAUACCACGGUGGCUCCGGUUCUCCGAAGUCAGCCCAUCUUCAUUCAGUUCUCCAACCAUAAGGAGCUCAAGACUGACAACUCUCCAAACCAAGCACGGGCCCAGGCAGCUCUGCAAGCAGUCAAUUCUGUUCAGUCUGGAAACAUGGCACUUUCUGCCUCUGCUGCUGCAGUGGAUGCAGGAAUGGCUAUAGCUGGACUGAGUCCUGUUUUGAGAAUCAUUGUGGAAAACCUCUUCUAUCCGGUCACUCUAGAUGUGCUACAUCAGAUUUUUUCCAAGUUUGGCACAGUGCUGAAAAUCAUUACUUUUACGAAGAACAACCAGUUCCAGGCUCUCUUACAAUAUGCUGAACCCAUGAGUGCCCAGCAUGCCAAACUGUCUUUAGAUGGACAGAAUAUCUACAACGCCUGCUGUACCCUGCGUAUUGAUUUCUCCAAACUCACAAGCCUCAAUGUGAAAUACAACAACGAUAAAAGCCGAGACUACACCCGACCGGAUCUGCCCUCUGGAGACAGCCAACCUUCCCUUGACCAGACCAUGGCAGCAGCCUUUGGUGCUCCAGGUAUAAUCUCCGCCUCUCCAUAUGCCGGAGCUGGUUUCCCUCCCACCUUUGCAAUUCCUCAAGCUGCAGGCCUGUCAGUUCCAAAUGUUCAUGGAGCCCUUGCUCCUCUGGCUAUCCCAUCAGCAGCAGCUGCAGCGGCUGCAGCAGGGCGGAUUGCCAUUCCCGGCCUCACCGGGGCAGGGAAUUCUGUCCUGCUGGUUAGCAAUUUGAACCCUGAGAGAGGUACACCCCAAUGCCUCUUUAUUCUUUUCGGAGUCUAUGGUGAUGUGCAAAGGGUGAAGAUUUUAUUCAACAAGAAGGAGAAUGCUCUAGUUCAAAUGGCAGAUGGAAACCAGGCCCAGCUUGCGAUGAGCCAUCUGAAUGGGCAGAAGCUUCAUGGGAAGCCAAUUCGCAUUACUCUGUCCAAGCACCAGACCGUGCAGCUUCCCCGGGAGGGCCAGGAAGACCGAGGCUUAACUAAAGAUUAUGGAAAUUCACCUCUCCAUCGCUUCAAGAAGCCAGGCUCCAAGAACUUUCAGAACAUCUUCCCUCCUUCUGCUACCCUGCAUCUUUCCAACAUUCCGCCUUCAAUAACCGAAGAGGACCUUAAGAUGCUGUUCUCCAGUAACAGUGGAAUGGUCAAAGGAUUCAAAUUCUUCCAGAAGGACCGUAAGAUGGCUCUGAUCCAGAUGGGCUCAGUGGAAGAAGCCAUUCAGUCCCUUAUUGACCUCCACAAUCAUGACCUGGGUGAGAACCAUCACUUGCGUGUGUCCUUCUCCAAGUCCACCAUUUAAAACUCUGACAGACGUGAGGCAGAGAGAAUGGACUGACGAAACCUCAUGGUUUCAGCCUUGUCCGGAAAGGGCUGAUUACCUGGAGACAACUUCCAUCAUUCCAAACAAACAACAAAAAAAAAGCCACUUUAAAAGCAGCUGAAGUGACCUUAAAGACCAGAGAUUUUAUUUUUUUAAAGAGUUAUCAGUUUACCUGUUUUUAAAAAAAUCAAAUCUAAUUCACAUUGAUAACCUUGCGGUGAUGGGAUAACAAUUUUGGUGCGAAGUUCACACUUUAUUGGAAACUUCUGGGAAUUUCUCUCUUCCUUUCCUCCUCUCCCCCCCCCCCCCAAAAAAAACCCCAACUGAUCUGGUUUCAGGUCUGUUUUUAUCAGGCUUCACGGUAAUGCCUUCUAGUUUUCUUUACUCAUUCAAGCCUUGGAAGACCUAAAACCACUGUGCUUUAAAAACUCAACUUUUUUGAGUCAAGGUGUGUGAUCUUUCAAUUCAUCCAGCACAAGGAAUUUUAGGAUUCAUCUUUGAUAUACCAUGAAUCUGCUGUCUGUGCCUUAAGGUUUCUGUUCUUUUUUUUUGAGGGUGGGGGGGUGUGGGCAUACGUGGUGGUGGUGUUGCUCAGGGAGGAGCUGCCUUCCAAUAUCAAACAUAGGGAUUGAGCUGAGGGGAAAGUUUUAUUUGACACUCAAAUGAACUCAUUGUGCUUCUGAGGAAUGGGAAGCAGGCAAAGUGUAUAAAGAAAAACCGAUGGGCUUUUUAAAACUUUUUUUUUUUUUGGACUUAUGAUGUUAAUCACAUCUUUUUUGCUUUUCUGUGCAUGUGUGGUUCCUCAACCUGUAUUUUGGGCAGGGGUUGUUUUAAAAGCAUGCACUCAAUGAAAGGUGGUAGGCAGGAGCGGGGGGGUUCUUUUUGCACGUUUGUUCUAGUGUCUGUACACUAAUUCCUUAACCCGGCCUUUGUUUGGAAGAUGCACCAGCCUACUGUAGAAGUCUUUGGGGACAUUUGGGAGGGCACUGUGUCCCUCAUUUAGCAAGGUGUUUAGCUGUCAUCUUCAUGUCCUUUAUUUUGGCCUUUCAGGAGUUUGAAUGAACUCCCCUGUCCUUGUUGCUCAUCUUCAGCAUUUGAACUUUUGUUUUAAUCCUUGUAUUAUACUUUUGAUGCAGUUGUCAUCUGUGCCUAGCAAUAUUUCCAGUUGACCAAAUAUUCUAAUCUUUUUUCAUUUAUGCAAGAGAAAUAGUUUUAAGUAACUUUUAUAGAAAGAUGACAAAAAUGGUAUAAAUGUAAUCUAAAUUUACUCCUUGUGGUAUUACUCUUGUAUACUGUACUUUUAUUUUAUUAUUUUUGCAAUUAAGUGAAAUCGUAGGGCAGGAAGAUAAUUUCAAUUUUCAAGCUGAGAUCAUGGUUUAGAAGGUUGAACAGUGUAAGGAAACUGUUGAUUUGAAUAGGUUGGGCUAAACAGACGUUUUCAAAUGACAAGUUCCAAGUAGCAAAUACCAGGGGUUUCUGAAGAGCUGAAUUGAGUGAGUGGACCCAGGCUAGUUUUUUGUUGUUGUUGGUUCUUUGAGGGUUUUUUUUUGGGGGGGGGGGGUAUUUUGACCUUAAAAGCAGAACUUUUAAGUUUUAGGAGCAGAAAGCAGAUCAGUGCAUCUUUAUUUGGACUGAACCAGCUUUGAUAUAGCCAUCAAUAGACUUAAGACACCAUUCCUUGGGUUUACUUACCUACCCCAUGCCAUUCUGCCUUCUAUUCUGCAUAAUCCAAUGUUGCCUUACAUUUCGCUCUAAUGUUUAAUCUUUUUAGAUGCAAAACAGAAGAUCUCUUAUAUUUCAGGGUUUUUCUGCAAAUUGUGGACCAAAGUUUUUGUUUUUGUUUUCUUUUAAAUCGUCUGUCUUUUGGUCCUGGGAAUCACGAUUUCCCCAAAUGACCGAGGAACUCUUGACUUCCCAGAACUGAAGGUUUGAAGCCUUAAACCUUUUUUUGUUCCCCCACGAACUACCGUGGGUGUGAACUCUGCUGGAGUUGCGCGCUUGAUGUCUGAGCGAGAGUUCGACUUGGGUUGCUGGCAUGAGCUUAUGUAGUAUUGGCCUUCCUUCCCAGCAUCCAUCUCUGCAGUAUGAGAACUUGAGGUGUGAGCUGGCAGCAUUGCAGUUGAAGCCCUUAGCCUUCAAAUCCCACACCACAGAUCUGAAAGAUGGCUGCCCACCUGACAGGCGACAAGCUAAAGGUCCUUAGGACCUGCUUAGAUCUUAAAAAUUAGACUCUUCUCUGCUUAAAUCAAAAUAUCAGGAUGGGGGAACUGCAGCAGUCAUUUCUGCACCCUAGCAUUCUUUCCUCUCCACCCCCUCAUCGUCCCACAACUGACCAAGUGGAAAAACCAUGAGCAUGCGUCCCUCCCCUUCUCCCCCCACCCCCCAAUAUGGUUAGGGGACAGCUAGGCUUGCUGCCUUCCUCUUUACCGGUCCGCCAGCAGCCUGAGGGGAACGGGAGUGCUAUAACUUGGACCCAAGAUGCUGGGAAAGGGUUGUGGGCAGCAGCAAAGGGUUGCGUUUCAGUUUGGCCAGCAAGCAGCAUGUUUGUGGGAUGCAAGAAAAACCUGUUGUAACCCAGCAUCCAUGCGAUUGUGGAUCUGUCUUUUGGAUCCCUGUGUUUGCAUGUAAAGAAUGUGAGUAACAAAGGGUGUAAAUAUUUCUAAGUUUUUUUUUAUACCUGUUGUAAGACAUGAGGGGGCAGCAAAAUGCAGUUUUUUUAUGGUGAACAGAUGAAAUGUAUAUUUUGAUAACAGCCAUUACAGGUGCAGUAUUGUGAAAAGCGGGGUGUGAGGCGACCACAAACACAAGUUUCAUUGCCUGUUGCAAAGAAUGUUUGUAAUGCGAAAAGAAUUGAAAUUAAAACUAUUUUAUAACAAAGUUUGUACCUUUCCGUAGAUCUGUUAUUUACUGUUGAUUGUAGAGAAGCAGUUUUUGGCCAGUCUGUACUUGUGCUUUCAAUAAAUUUCUUCUGUAUUCUUUG